AUGGGGAUUAUUGCAGCACCUAAUUUGGAUAUGUACUGGAGUAGUGAUCCUAUGUUUAGUCCAUGUGGAAUAAAAGAGAGGAUGACACGCGAUCGGUAUGAUAAAAUCAGUAAGUACUUCCACGUAGCUGACACAUCAUGCAAUCCGACACGUGGACAACCAGGCCAUGACAAACUUUCACAUGUUCGACCAAUUCUUGAAGCCGUGCGUUCAAAUUUGAUGGCCAAUUGUAAACCGCACCGUGAAACGACAGUUGAUGAGGCUAUGAUUGGAUAUACCGGUCGCUUAGGAUUCAAACAGUAUGUGCUACUGAAGCCGACUUAA